CGAUGAAGUCAUAUAAACUCUUUAAAGAGUCCGUGGGUGGUUAUAGCAAUAUUGGUGCGACUGCUGUAGAUUUCAAAAACUUUAAACGAGAUUUGAAGGCAUACAUUGAGGGUGUUGAUGCUCAAAUGUUGAUUGAUAAGUUAUUUCGAAAGGCUGAAGUGUGUUCAUCAUUUUUUUAUUAUGAUGUUGAUGAGAGUGAUAAGUUGACUAGGAUUUUCUGGACAGAUUCGAUUUGUAGGCAAAAUUAUUCUUAUUUUGGUGAUGUGCUUUCUUUUGAUGCAACAUAUGGUACAAACAGGUACAAUUUAGUUUUUGUGCCAUUCACCGGGGCAGACAAUCACCAAAAGUGUGUUACUUUUGCUGCUCGGUUACUUCUGAAAGAAGAUGUAGACUCUUAUGUGUGGCUUUUGUCUCGAUUUAUCAAUGCGAUGGGCAGUGAACCAACAUGCGUAAUAAUGGAUCAAGAUCCAGCUAUGCGCAUUGCUAUUGAGAAGGUAAUUCCUCACGUGAAACAUCGCUAUUGCAUGUGGCAUAUAAUGAACAAGUUGACAACUAAAGUAGGUCCGUGCUUAGUAAGAAUGUUGAUUUUUUGACAAGAAUUAAUGGUGUUGUGUGGAGUCAUUAUUUAGAGCCUAAUGAUUUUGAGUUUGAUUUUGACCUGUUGGACCACAAAUGGUUUGUGGACUUGUUCAAUCUUCGUAAGUUUUGGAUUCCGUCUUACUUUAGGGAUUUGUUCAUGGGAUGUUUGCUUCGAACAAGUUCAAGAUUUGAAAGUGAGAAUAAUUUUUUUGGUGAGUUUACUAAUCCUCAUUUUAGCCUCAUUGAGUUUUACAUGCAAUUUGAAAGUGCAAUGGAUGCUCAACGCCAUAAUAAUGAUAAAUUAAAUUCUGGUUCUGAGUCCUACAUUCUUGUUUUUAAAACUCGAUCUCCUGCCUAUUGAAAAGCACGCUGCGGAAAUGUAUACUCUCACAGUAUUUUAUUUAGUGCAAGAUGAAAUUGCAUCUGCUUGUUUUAGUUGUCGUGUGCUUAGUGUGCAUGACCAUGAUAGGAAUUUGGAUUAUGUUAUUCAAGAUGAAUGUGGUAUGAUAUUCAACGUAGAAUUCAAUGUCCCCGAUACCAAGGCAUCUUGUGAGU